CAGUAUUAACAACGGCAGUCCAAACGAAUGCGGAAUCCGACGCGGGUCUAACUCUAGCCAUGGUUCUCUUCGGUUUGUGGGCUGUCUUUGCACUUUCUUCCAUUUUCGGCACCGUCUACAUAUGCAGGAGGUACUGCAAGAGGAAGCUAAAGUCGAAAGAGUACAAUGUCAGCCAGAAGACUCAGCUGCCUAAUUUGAACCGACCUAGUUCCGAAAGUUCCAACUUCUACUACGUCACUCCGGCUGAUGCGAAUGUCAGGUUCAUCAAUGAUGAAGAUGGAUGCAUUAUUCCUCUAGAUCAGUUCGGUAAUGAGUAA